GACAAAUCAAAAACAAUAAACAAGAUUAGUAACAACAAACAAUCGAUGUAUGUUGUACGUUCAUUUUUGUUCUGUUGUGAAUACGUGCUUCUAGUCGAUUCCUUUCUAGCAGGCUACUUUGUAUCGAAGUAGAAUGAGCUCGUACGUGGGAAACUCUUUUUGUAACCAAACGCACGAUGCACCCUCCUUUAGCAUGCGCACUUUUGGUAACUAUGGGGCUGUCUCAGAGUUUCAGCAGUCCACUUAUGCUUACGGAGGGCUCGAUCUCAGUGGAGCGUUAGCUUCUCAAGUCGUUUCCGAGUCCCCGAAACGGGAGGCGAUGAAUAAGCACAACAGUGCCAGGAUCAACGCGCCACCACAUCGCCAGGCUUGCGCAGCAAUGGGUUCCCCAAGUCGUGUCAGUACACGCGGGUACAACCUGCUCAGUCAAGGACUGUUGAGCCAAAAAGCAGAGAUGAUUAUGGAAGUUACGGAAAAACCCAGCGGCAAAAGCCAGCCCGGUGAUGUGGAGAUCACGCCAACGAUUAAACAACAAACUAACUCGAGUGAGCUUCAGACCCAGUCGCAACCGCAGAUAUACCCAUGGAUGACCAAGCUACACAUUAGCCACGACUCUGACGGUAAAAGGUCACGAACCAGUUACACCCGCUACCAGACUCUGGAGUUGGAGAAAGAGUUCCAUUUCAACCGAUACCUCACACGUCGCAGGCGAAUCGAGAUCGCCAAUAACCUCUGCCUGAACGAGAGACAAAUUAAAAUUUGGUUCCAGAACCGUCGCAUGAAGUGGAAGAAGGACUCAAAGCUGAAAGUUAAAGGUGCACUAUAAUGAAAAGGUGGUUUAGCAAAUAUACCUGCAAGCAAGAUGAAACAAAAGUUCA